ACCACCGUGACCACCACCAACCACCGUGACCACCACUCAACCACCGUGACCACCACUCAACCACAACUCAGCCACCGUGACCAACACUCAACCACCGUGACCGCGACAACUUAAGCACCGACGCUAAGAUCAGCAGCAGCAGCUUAAGGAGGCUCGCUCCGAACGCGGACAAAAAAACCCAACAGCUCAAAGCCGCGCUCAGCUCAACACAGAAUCAUCAGCAGCAGCAGUAGCAGCAGCAGCGGCAGUAGCGGGCAGCAUCAUCCCUCGGCGUGCGCAGCGAUGAUGAUGAUGAUGUAGAGCGAGAAGCGCAGCCGCUCAAGGAAAUUAAACAUCGCCUGGAAGCACGACAGCGGCUGAGUAAGCGAGCGAGCGAGCGACAUUCAUUGGACUCGUUGUCCUGGCGGCUCGCGAGGAAGACAGAAGAAGAAGGAGGAGGAGGAGGAGGCGACGGAGGAGGAGGGGGGGGAGUUGUUGUUGUUGUUGUUGAGUUGAGGACCACGCCACGCGCUGCCUGAGACGCGCGUGCACCUCACGAGGGAGCCGCGCUGCGGGGUCGCUCGCGACUUUGUGGAAGCGCCGGCGGGGGCAGCCUCGGCGUGCAAUGGAAGUUGCCUUCUCGUUCGCGGUCUUCUGCUACAUGCUCGCCUUCCUGCUCAGCGCCUCGCUCAUCUUCUUCUCCGUGUGCCACAUCAUUGCCUUCGACGAGCUCAAGAAAGAUCUCCGCGCGUCCACGGAUCCGGAGAGCAACCCCAAUCAGACGCAAAUGGAGCGGCUAAGGAAGGUGGAGCGCAUCUGCCGAAUGCUGAAAAAGAUCAUAUCGCCUGAGUACUUCAUCCACGCACUCUUCUGCCUCAUGUUCCUCUGCGCCAUGGAGUGGCUCACGCUCAGCCUCAACACUCCGCUGCUGUGCUACCACGUGUGGAGGUACUUCCACAGGCCUCUGUUAGACGGCCUGUACAGCCCCACGAGCCUGACGAACGUGGAGGUGCUGGGCUACUGCCAACGGGAAGGCUGGCUCAAGCUUGGCUUUUACCUUCUCUCCUUCUUCUAUUACCUCUACAACAUGAUAUACACGCUCAUCGCUAACGUAUAGAGAGAGGAGAGAGAGAGGAGAGAGAGGAGAGGAGAGACAACGACUGGAGGUCCGGAGGGAUACGAAGAGACAUUUUUUCUAAAACAAAAGAGAACAGCAAAGACCACGGGACAACGAUGACUGAAGUUGUUUUUUGCUGUUUUAUUUUUUUUGUAUUCCCGGAGAAGACUGCUGCUGCUGCUGGUCGUGGUCUCUCUCUCUCUCUCUCCCGCUCUCUCUUCUAAAACAAAACCUCUGAACGGUGGACUCGGCAUCUGCCGCUCAACUCGCGGAGGAGUCUCAUCACUGGGGGUGUGGGGUGGCCACGUCGCAGAGGGUGGCGGUGGUGGCGGUGGUGGUGUGAGGCUGGCGGGGACGACUUCUCAAGUGACUGCGGAACUUCACUUUUGUGCGUGGGUCCAAUCGGCAGUGAAGAGUGGCGAGCGGUGGCGGUGAGGACGACGGAGCUCAUCUGCACCCGCCCCCCACCGCCGCGUUCCGAAGGCGCGCGGAGGAGCCGGGUCGGGGGGGGGAGGUGAAGCAGGGGAGCGCCUCUUCCUCCGCAUCCUGGGAAAGAGGAAAACUAAUUUUACAAACUUACGCCGCUUCGUGUGUAUCAUCGCUCGCUCUGGCUUUUUUUUUUAAUCGCGGGAAAAUUCUGAAAUGAAUUGUUCUUUAUUUUGUAACCGCGCAAACUGGCGCAGAAACUCCUUUCCAAUGACUUCGCGAUUGAUGGUUUUGGUUUUUUCUUUCAUGGUUGUUGUUUUUGUGUGUGUGUGUCUGUGAGCAGAAGAAUAACGGGAAGAAUUUUUUUCAGAUAUUGCCCGAUGGUGGAAACCCUCUGGAGAUUUGGAAUGAGCGAUGUGAAAGGACCUCUGUUGGUUUUAAGUUCGCGAUGGAGAUUUAAAUUCGCCGGUGGGAAGGAGAUUUGGAAUGAGGGAUGGGAAGGGACCGCUGUUGGUUUUAAGUUCGCGAUGGAGAUUUAAAUUCGCCGGUGGGAAGGAGAUUUGGAAUGAGCGAUGGGAAGGGACCUCUGUUGGUUUUAAGUUCGCGAUGGAGAUUUAAAUUCGCCGGUGGGAAGGAGAUUUGGAAUGAGCGAUGGGAAGGGAUCUCUGUUGGUUUUAAGUUCGCGAUGGAGAUUUAAAUUCGCCGGUGGGAAGGAGAUUUGGAAUUAGCGAUGGGAAGGGAUCUCUGUUGGUUUUAAGUUCGCGAUGGAGAUUUAAAUUCGCCGGUGGGAAGGAGAUUUGGAAUGAGCGAUGGGAGGGAACCUCUGGACAUUGGAAUUAACAACAACAACAAAACACAAUCGCAAUGUGGAAUCUCACAAACAAAAUGUUUUCCUGGCACCCCAUAACACCCCACCCCACCAGGCGAGCGUGGCAUCUCCAUAGGGCCGCGGGUGUCAGUUCUCAAAAGCGUCCGUGCGAUUGGAAAUCCGAAUGCGGGUGUGCGACGUUUAUCCGCUCGACAUUAUUUACUUGUUGUUACUUUCUUAAACGACGGAAGAUAUAUGUCUUCGGGGUUUAUAUAUGUAUAUCAAUCCAUCAUCCCGUUUGCUACUGGCGUAUACACAAGUGUCAACGUGUAACGGCUCUCGCCUGCUAUUUUAUAGAGACUUUGUAAUUUGAAAAAAAACACAAACACAGAAAAAGGCGUGGUGCCAGAUCUACAAACUCCGAUACCGCCGCUGCCCUGCCACGGCGCGUGUAUCGGUGUUGUAGCCUCGCGGGCUUCGUCCGUCCGUAUUAGCAAGGGCAUGG